AUGGCUCCGAAUGUUUCUCCAUGGAAUCUUGUCAAAAGUCAUAACGAAACUGUUUCUGACGGUGUCAAAAUGAAACUUGAUAAACCGGUGGUUGAGCAAAGCCGCAAGGAAAGGCUUAUUGAAAGACUGGACAAUGAAUUGGCUCAUCUCAGAGCAAUGGAUGUGGAGGUAAUCAUCAAAUUAAGUAUUCUUGUAAAGGAAACCGCCAUUAUUUAGGUGGUAAUGGAGAAACGAAGGUGUAUAAUCAAGGUCCCCAUGGGUCAUUUUAAAGCUGAUGGCGUUUCAGUUUUCUUUUCACAGAAAAAAUUAAUUGUGAAUGCAGUAGAAGAGGUCCCGUUGGAUGACAAGACCAGUGUGCUGACCAAACUUUGUCGUCGAGUCGUUAUUCCCAUCCACGAACUCCGAACUGACAUCAUGACUUCUUACCUCAACCAUCUUGGCAUCUUGACUCUUACCUUUCUCAAGAAGUAA